AUGUCUAGUCAAAGGGAGACGGGAAUAUCACUCAAUCAUGCUCCCGGCGGAGUUGGCUAUAAGCUAUUAGAGUUACCCCCUGAGUUGCUUACACUACUGGAAUCAGAUACGCCUCCCGUUUUAACACUAGAGUCUUCGACAAAUUCGGCAAUAUUAAAAAAUGGCACGCAAUCAUGGGGUCUCCGUCAGAAAAACACAUCGAAUGCUUUAAUCUUACUUAAGGCUUCUUCUGAUGGAACAACCCCUUCGUCUUCGGAGGUACCGGAAGCAAGCCUAAAUGCCAUUGCAACAAUCCACGAUACAAUCGAACUUGCCCCAGAACUAGCAGUGGCAGCACCUCCCGUUGCAAAGGGCAAAUGGCAUGAGAAGUUUGCCCGGGGGAGAUAG